CAUAUCAUAAUAUCAAAGAAAUCGUUCGCUCUGCUAUAUGAUAAACUUCAAUAAGAACAAUUAUUAUUAAUAUUAAUUAAUAACAAUUUUUCUUAUCGAACCAUAAGCAAAUUGCGUUUGUUAUGUAAAAUACGAAGAUAUAAAUAGACCAAAUAACGAGAGAAAGGGAGGAAUAUCGUAAAGCUAAUCCCGACAUCUGGGCGCUAUCCAAAAAGCAUGGAAAUCAUACUACAUUAAAGAUUUCUUAAUCUGUAAUUAGUUUAUUAAAAUAUAGUUAUUUGUAUCAAGUUUAAUUCAUUUAAGUUUGGGUUUCUUUGUGUUCUUGCAUGUCUCCUGUAUGUUAUUUUUGUUAAUUAUCAAGUUUGUUUAUUCAAAACUUCUAAGCACGACUAGAGUACUUUAGUAACUACCCAAACUGAAAUUCUCCACGCAGCAAAGAAAAUUUGACUACAGCUGCAGUAAUCAAAUUUUGUUUACGUUUACUGUCUUGUUUCAAUGGAUAGACUAUAUCAGAGAGGAAAUUUCCUCUCUGACUAUACUGAAGUUUUCACGGUUUGUCCAGUUCACAUAAAGUGAUUGGAGAAUGGAUUAACUUGAGUAACAGAUAGGAAAGUAAUACUGGUACAUCAAAACAGUCUCUAUAAAAUGUCAUUUAUGUUACAGGAGAAAAUAGAGAAAAUGUCUCAUAUUAUUGCACAUGAUAUUGACAAAAAGCCACGGACAAAGGAUAUUAAAGUACAAGAAGAUAUUACAUUUUAUCAAAUGGGAUUUUCCCAAAAAAUUUUGGAUGGAUUAUCUCUUUGUGGUUUCCAAAGACCUUCACCCAUACAAUUAAAAGCAAUUCCUUUAGGAAGAUGUGGUUUUGACUUAAUAGUACGUGCCAAAUCAGGGACUGGUAAAACUUUAGUGUUUUGUAUAAUAUCACUUGAAAUGAUUGAUAUAGAUAUAUCGUCUGUACAAGUAUUAGUACUAGCACCUACUAGAGAAAUUGCUGUACAAAUUGCACAAGUUUUUUCAUCUGUAGCUUGUGAAAUAGAAGGUUUAAAAGUUGAAGUAUUUAUAGGAGGAACAGCUAUAGAAAGUGAUAGAAAGAAAUUGAAUAAUUGUCACAUAGCUGUUGGUGCUCCAGGUAGAAUUAGACAUUUAAUUGAUAAAGAAUUCUUAAAAGUUGAAAAUGUUAGAUUAUUUAUUCUUGAUGAAGCAGACAAAUUAAUGGAAACCAGUUUUCAGAAAGACAUUAACUAUAUCUUUUCAAAAUUACCAUUAAGUAAACAAGUUAUAGCAUCAAGUGCCACUUAUCCGGGAGAUUUGGAAAUAUUUUUACAGGCAUAUAUGUGCUCUCCUGUUUUAGCAUCCCCAGAUAACAAUGAACCAAUACUUGUUGGACUCACGCAGUUCAUAACAGUUGUUCCUUCUCAUCCAAAUGUUAUGAAACAGGUUCAAAUAAAAGUAGAUGAAUUAAUAAAGAUAUUUAACAAAAUUCCAUUCAAACAAAGUUUAGUUUUUUCAAAUUAUCAAUCAAGAGCCCAAUCUGUAUGUAACAAAAUUAGUGCUAUGGGUUUUAAAGCAACCUUUUUUGCUGGAAAUCAAGAUAUGAAUAAAAGACUUGAGGCCAUUAAUAAAUUAAAGACUUUUAAAUGUAAAAUAAUGGUAACAACUGAUUUAACUGCAAGAGGUAUAGAUGCAGAUAACGUAAAUUUAGUUGUAAACCUUGAUUUACCCAUAGAUGCACCAACAUAUUUGCAUAGAAUAGGAAGAGCUGGACGUUAUGGAUCUUAUGGUCUCUCUAUAACAAUAAUUGCAGAAAAUGAGUUAGAAACAUUAAAAAAAUUAUUAAUGUCCAUUGGAGGUCCAAAUUUUUAUGUACUGAAACUUCCUUUUGAUUAUCCAAAUGAUAUUUGGAAUACUUCUAAUACAAAAUUUGAGAAACUUUACGCAAAAUCUGAAAAAGACGAAAAUCAAUUUGACAUUAAGCCUAUCACUACAGGUAUUAAUGAUUUAUCUAUGAAUAUUGCUAAUAUAGAAAUACAGAAUAAUAUAAAGUCAAAAGUUAAUGAAACAACAGAUAAUAUAAAUAAAGAAGUUACAGAAAAUGUGGAAGAAGUAAAAAAUAAUAUAAUGGAUUUUUCCUGUUUAAGAAACAUGCCUAAUUUACAAAAUAAAAUAAAAGUUAAUUCUUUGUUUGUACCAUAUAUUAAUCCGAUAGAUGAAUCUCAAUGCAUUAAAAAGAAGAAGAAAGAGACUACAAUCAUGUCGUACAGUGUGUCUAAGCCUAAAAUUAUAUAUAGUUUUACAUUGGAUGCCGCAAUCAAUAAUCCUUCCAGCUGGCAGAAAAAUAAUGAAAAUGUGGUAUUUGAAGUUGAUUUAUCAGAUUUACAAGAAGAUGAUUUAUCAAAUUCUAAUAUUGAUAUGAUUAUUGAAUUUACAAGAUAUAAUUUUCAAAGUAAAAAUACAGAAAAAUCUUCUUUUCAUUAUAAUUACGUGAAUAUUGAUGUAUAUUCUGAAGAUACCAUUUCUAGAAGUACUGUACAUAAUGAAAUGCAGAAACAAGACUUAGAACAGAAAAUUCAGAAAAAGAGUGAUGUAACUGCUGAUACUCUGAUAACUAUCUCAAAUAAUGUUCAAAAUAGCACAGAUGUUUCCAUUUUAGAAGAAUUGAAUUUUCAUCUCACAGAAUAUAUGAAAGGUUCUAAUACAUUUUGUGAUGAGUUAUGUUCAAAUGACGAGGAAAUAUUAUUGAAACAGGCAUUUAUUUGGAAAAACAAACUUGAUUUUGAAAUCAGAUUACUAAAUAAUACAAUGGAAGUCAUGAAAGAAUCUAUACAAAGGUUUAUAUAUCAGAAACACAUUGAAAUGCUCAAAAUAUUUUAUAGAGUACAAAAGAAAGCACUCUUAUGUGUUUAUCCAGAAAUACGAAAUGACGAUGAAGUAAAUGACACUUAUUUAUAUUUUAGAACUUCUGUAGACGAAAAUGUAUUAGAACUAUAUAAAGAAAUAGAAAAUUUCAAAAGUUUUCAUCGAAAAUGUGGAGAAAAUUUUAAUGCAUAUUUUCCAUAUCCUGUUGAAUUAGAUUCAUAUAUGCCAAAUCUUAUGAUCUCCAACACAGACAGAGAAGAUUAUCUCAAUGCAUUACGAUAUUUAUAUUCAAAUCCUUAUCCUAGGGAACAUUUAUUGCAAAUAGCAAGUUUUGUGGCAUUCAUUGAUGAGCAUAGAAAGUACAAUUUAAUACAAAAAUUAAAAAGUUUAAACAACUGUUCAGUUAAUGAAUUGUUAACAGUAAUACAAAGUGAAUUAUCUAAGAAGGAAUCAAAUAAAAAUGAAAGUAAAGAACAGGAAGAAAAAUUAUUAGAACAUUUUGAUAGUACAAAUCGAGGUGAAAACGUUAUUAAUUCAAAGGUUGAUAUUUUACAUAAGGCACUAGAUAAUACUGGAAAUAUGACUAGUCAAGAAGAAAACGUCUCUCUAAGUGAUAAUAAAUGGGAUAAAAUGAGUAAUAACUAUAGUUCUGACAAUUCUAUAUCAAUUGAUUUAGGUUUGGAUGAUCUUUUUAAAAUACAAAAAGUUACACGUCAUGAAAAUUGUAACUUGACUAGUAGUACAUCAAGUAUAUUUUCUAGUGAAAAUGAUACCGUUAAGGAACAUAGAUUGAAUGGAAAAGUAAAUGCGAAAAAUAAAUUUCGUAGACGGAAAAGGAUUCAGAAACAAGGAGAUAAUACUGCUAAAGAACAAUUUAUUAUCAGAUCAUCUGAUAGUACUGAUACGUAUGAAAAACAAUAUACGUCACAAACGCAAUCAGAUUUGUCAUCUAGAUCAAUGACAGAUCGGUUAAAUUCGUCUUUUAUAGAAACAAAUUUAAGCAGAAAAAGUAGUCAGAAUAUUCAAGAUAUAUCUAAUUGUCAAGAGUCUUAUGUAGAUAAUGAACCACAAAGUUCUGUUUCUGUUCCUAGAAUUAAUGAACAUCGAAAGAAUAAUUCAUGUAAUUUUUCUCCUAUACCUUUAACAAAAAAUGUUUCACAGAGACAUUUAGAUAAUGAAGUUACAACUGAGAAGCCUAAUAUUUGAAUACAACGAUAUGUU